GAAAAACAAAAUGGCAUUCUCCAUCGUGAGCCGUGGUAUUUUGCGCACUUCAAGAGAAAUUCUGGAACGCAACAUGGCCGCAACUGUCGGCGUUCUGCAGCAGAAUGCCUCCCCGCCCCCAAACACGCCCAUUUCGCACAGCGAUUGUCACGUAAGUGCAUCUUUUCUUUCAGUGCAUUGUAGUUAAGGUUACUAAUUGAAUUGACAGAAACAAGCAGUUAGAAAAACUUAGCAUCACAAAGCGGACAGGAAAGAGCAGUUCCUAAAACAAACUUAAAAGCAACAGUUAUAAAAUAAAGAGUUUAAAACCAGUUCCACAAAAGAUGUUCCAACCAAAAAGCAGUUCCGCAUGAUAUAAACUCAAAACAAAGCAGAAAAAUAGAAUCGCAAUUCGAAAAACAGUAAGUGGUGGAAGGAGAACUGUAAAUAGUGAGGAAGAGGGGUGAAUACAGACAAGCAAGGGAAGUGGAGAAUGAAAAUUGGGAGCGGGAAUGUUCACGAAACGAGGCCAGUGCUAAGUAAACUGUAGCAGUGCAUUCGAAACUCGCCUGGCAUCUGGCGGCAUUAUCUGUGGACAUGGAGCACAUUCACUGCUUUGGCAUCAAAUGCCAACUGCCGUGGUCCAGGCUGUCCGUCAAUAUUCAAAGAAGGCCGGAGCGGCCAAAUUGCGACGGGAGGUGGAAAGUGAUAGCGAUUCCGACUCGGAUGAUGAGUUCGAGCGUCGUCGCCAGAAAAUGGAUUCCAAGCGCAGCGAACGGGGCGACUCAGCAUUCUGGCGCCGCAAAAUGCGUACUCUCCACCGCAUUUUGGACGUUAAUCACGACGGCGUCGUGUCCUUCGACGACUUUAGUUUGCUGGCCAAACGCUUUAGCGAUCUGGGCCAUUUGACCCCAGAGGUCGCUGCCGAAUUCAACGAUGUGAUCAAGCAUACUUGGGAAGAGCAGUUCGGGGAGAUAACCCCAUACAAUCUGGUAACUGCCGAGCAGUUCCUCACCGAUCUGCACCAUCGUCUCAACGACAAGAAGAUGGCCAAACGCAUCGGUCGCUUCCUGCCCUACUUGUUUAAGGCUGUGGACUUUGAUCACACUGGCCAUUUGGAUCUCGAACAAUACAAGCUCUUCUUCCGUUGUCUGGGACUGACCGAAGACGAUGCUGCCGUUUCAUUCGCUGUGAUAGACAAGAACGGCGAUGGCCAAUUGUCGCUCAAGGAGUUUGUGCAUUUGGGCCGUCAGUUCUUUUUAACCGAGGACGACUCGAAGAUAUCGAAAAUGUUCUGGGGACCGCUGGUCGCUGAUCAUUGACGGGUUGCAGUCACUGCUGUAGAUUACAAUACAACCAAAUCAACAAUAACCCAACAAAAAAAUCCUUACUACAAUCAAGAUUAUCAGAACCAUCAACACAACAACGUCCGAUGCCAUAACAUCGGCAACAAUAACACCAAUGAGCCAAUGCUACAUUAUACAUUGAAUACGACAACGAUGUUGGCCAAUAACAAUUACAAUAAGAUAGUGGCCACUUCGUUGCCAACUCGCGUGCAGGCGGCAGGCGGCAGUUGGCUAAAUCUACAGCAUGUGGCGCCUCAUAAAUCGGGACCGUUAAUAAACAUUAGCAACACCACCACGAUCGUUAUAAGGAACAUGAGCAUUUACGAUUAUUUUCGGCAACACUUGUCCAGUUCGAAGCGCCAGCGCUCGACCUUUGAGCCCCAUCCAUCGCCCACUACGUAUCCCGCCUCCAAGUUGCGCAAGCACAACUUUAGUAAUUAUCAAAAGGAACGGGAACGGGAAAGGGAAGACCGACAGAAAGAUAAUAAUAAUAAUAAUCAUCGAACCAAGGGCAAACCAUCAUUAGAUGACUACGAUAUAAGAUUUUUUGUCUACCUUAACUCGCUAAUAAUAUUCACAAUGUCGUGCAGUCGUCAAUCGGCCGCCGAGGGCGAUGACCUCAAGCAUUUCAUUUGCGACCGGAUCCGGAAAUUCGAUCGCCUACGACGAAAGGCAAGAAAACGCCGCAAGAGAAGGCCCAAAAAGCUGGUCGAGGAUCAAAUGCACCAUUUAUAAACUCUGAAAAGUGGAGCUACAUACUAUUCACGGUCACCCUAUUUACCAUAUAAUCGAUUAUUUUUUUUUUGUCUAGUUAAGAGUUAUGUUUAACUGAUAUAUUACACAAUACAGCAAGCAUGAUAUAACGGAAUAAAAAUGAUUUUUAAAUAUACUAUAAAUAAU